AUGCUGGUGAUUGUGGUGGUCUUGUUCAUCAUCUGCUGGCUGCCGUAUCAGCUCUACUACGUGUUGCAGUCCAUCUUCCCCGUCAUCAGCCAGUUCCGCUACAUCAAUGUCAUCUUCUUCUGCUUCCACUGGCUCGCCAUGGCGAACAGCUGCUGCAACCCGUUCAUCUACGGCAUCUACAAUGAGAAGUUCAAGCGUGAGUUCCGAAUCCGGUUCACGAGGAGCCUGUGCUCUGGCCCGCACGAAUCGUACGACAUGGACAACGCCUCCGAGGAGUCAAGGUCCCGCUUCUCACUGCAAAGAUCGCUGCGCGGCCGGCUCUUCGGAGGAUCCACGCAAACAACCGCGGAUCGGAUAAACUCCAUUCGACUGAAGCAGAUGGAGCCACUCCAACAGAGGAGCGGCGCGCUCGCGACAGAUGGCGCUCCUCACCCGGUCUGAGAACAUUCCUCACACGGCCUGAGAAUAUUCCCCGACCUGUCUGAGACCAUUAAUCAGUCGGUCUGAAAACGUUCGUCAGACAACCUGA